GGAGGCGAGUCGGAGUCGGAGUCGGAGUCGGGAGGCGCCGAGCUCGGUCGGCGGAACAACACAAGAUAACGCCUCUGCAAACAACAAUGAAUUUCGCCAUUAAACCUCAUUUAUCUGAAUUGUCAACUUCUCUCCCCAGCCGUAGAGUUCACGGGAGUAGGACCUCAAUUUUGUCACCACCAUCUCAGAUUACCCGGGUUCGAAUUUCCUUUGUAAGCAAGUCUUCCAUUUCAGCUGCGUCUUUUGAACCUCAACAUAAGUCUAGAACUAGAACUCAGCCGUUAAUUGACCUUCUACAUGACUCUGCCGAUAAACGGUGUGUAGAACAAGCUAAAGCUGUUCAUGGGUUUGUGAUAAAAUCCAAUUUCUCAGGUAAAGACUUGAUGGUUUUGUUGAAUCAUGUCGCUCAUGCGUACUCUAAAUGCUUGGAGUUUGAUGCCGCUCGUCAGGUGUUCAAUGAAAUGUCUCAAAGAAACAUAUUCUCUUGGACUGUCAUGAUUGUUGGGUCGGUAGAAAAUGGGUGUUUUCUUGAUGGGUUUUGGUUCUUUUGGGAGAUGCUGAACCAUGGAAUUUUACCGGAUAAUUUUGCGUACUCUGCUAUUUUGCAGACAUGUAUUGGUUUAGAUUGUAUUGAGUUGGGUAAAAUGGUGCAUGCGCAGGUUAUCGUUAGAGGCUUUGCAGCUCAUACUGUUGUCAGCACGUCUGUUCUUAACAUGUAUUCAAAGUUGGGGAUGAUUAAAGAUUCAUUCCACGUGUUUAAUACUAUGACAGAACAGAACGAAGUGUCUUGGAAUUCAAUGAUAUCUGGGUUUACCUCUAACGGUCUUCACUUGGAAGCUUUUAAUCUUUUUACUCAAAUGAAGGGUGAAGAGUUUACCCCAAAUGUUUAUACACUCAUUGGUGUUUCAAAAGCUGUUGGUCAGUUAGGUGAUCUUGACAAGUGCACAGAAGUUAAACGCUGGGUUGCUGAAUUAGGCUUGGAGUCUAAUGUUCUUUUGGGAACUGCCUUAAUUGAUAUGUACUCAAAAUGUGGAUCUGUUUGUGAUGCAAGAUCUAUUUUUGACUCUAAUUUCUCUGACUGUGGAGCUAACACACCGUGGAAUGCAAUGAUUUCUGGCUAUUGCCAGUGUGGGUGUUACCAUGAGGCUUUGAAAAUCUAUGUAAGAAUGCUCCAGAAUGAUAUUCAACCAGAUGUUUACACUUACUGUAGCGUAUUUAAUGCAACCGCUGCUUUGAAGAGCCUAGAGUUUGGAGAGGAAGUUCAUGCUAUGGUUUUGAAGUCUGGAAAUGAUAUGAUGGUUAUUAGUAUUCACAAUGCAAUUGCGGAUACAUAUGCCAAAUGCGGUGCACUUCACAAUGUAAGGAGGAUUUUUGACAGGAUGGAAGAGAGAGAUAUGGUCUCUUGGACAACCCUUGUGACUGCAUAUUCUCAAUGUUCUGGGUGGGUGGAAGGACUCACUGCUUUCUCAAUGAUGAGGGAAGAAGGGUUUACACCCAAUCAGUUCACCUAUUCCAGCGUGCUUGUAUCAUGUGCUAGCCUUUGCUUCCUCGCGUAUGGUCUGCAAGUCCAUGGCCUUUUGUGCAAGGCUGGUCUAGAGACUGAAAAGUGUAUAGAGAGUUCUCUUAUCGACAUGUAUGCAAAAUGUGGUAGUAUAGCUGAGGCUGGAAAGGUUUUCAAUAGAAUUUCAGACCCUGAUACCGUUACAUUUACAGCUAUAAUUUCAGGUUAUGCUCAACAUGGUCUCUUUGAGGAAGCCCUUGAAAUCUUUAGCAGGAUGGAACAGUUGGGCAUGAAGCCCAAUGCUGUCACAUUUUUGUGUGUUCUCUUUGCUUGCAGCCAUGGAGGUAUGGUGGAGGAAGGCCUAUUUUAUUUUCAACUAAUGGAGGAAAAAUAUGAUUUGGUGCCUGAGAUGGAACAUUAUGCUUGUAUUGUUGAUCUCUUAGGUCGUGUGGGUCGUGUGGAUGAUGCUAUGGAGUUCAUAGAAAAGAUGCCAAUCGAGCCUAACGAAAUGGUCUGGCAGACCUUGCUGGGAGCUUGCAGGGUCCAUGGCAACGUUAAGUUGGGGGAGCUUGCUGCUCAAAAAAUACUUUCUGUUAAACCAGCGUUUUCAGCUACCUAUGUUCUUCUAUCCAACACUUACACAGAGACAGGAAAUAUCCGAGGUGGACUUAGUCUGAGAGACAGAAUGAGAGAGCAAGGUGUCAGGAAGGAGCCAGGAUAUAGUUGGAUAUCUGUUGAAGGGAGAGUUCAUAAAUUUUAUGCAGGUGAUCAAAAUCAUCCUCAAAAAGAUGAAAUUUAUGCAAAAUUAGAAGAAUUGGAGAAAAUCAAGUCUUUGGACUAUUUCUCAGACCUGAGUUAUGUAUGAGAAAAUGUAAAUCCAAGAGUAAAUCUGGAAAUACAAC